GACUCCUGCUCCAGAGUCCACGGAUGGGGACCUGCAGCGAAUUGUGAGGAGCAACUAAGAGGCCAUGAUUGACUGGCACAAUGGCACAGCACCCGGCCAGCAGGAGGAUGAGGGCAGCGCUCAGGAGAGGUCAGAGUGUGUGCUGGCAUACAUCCCUGUCGUCUACUACAGUACUCUGUUGUGUGUUGGAGUGCCAGUGAACAUCCUGACGUUGGUGGCUCUUUACCGGCUGGCUGUUCGUACACAGAAGGCCUUGUACGUGUACCUUCUUGCUCUAACCGGCUCGGACAUCCUCAGCCAGCUGUUUAUCAUCUUUGUGGGCUUCCUGUUAGAAACGGCUGUGUUUCAUCGAGACGUCCCUGUGCUGCUGCUGAGGUCGGUUAGUAUGAUGGAGUUUUCUGCCAAUCAUGCAUCUAUCUGGGCUACCGUUCCCCUCACGGUGGACCGCUAUGUCGCUUUGUGCCACCCGCUACUCCACCGGCAGAUCAGUUACCCGGCACGGGCCCGGCGGAUCAUCGCAGUGGUGCUCACAUUGGCGCUGGCAUCCGGCGUGCCAUUCUUCUGGUGGUCGGACAUGUGGAGGGUCAGUCAUGCGCCAAACAGCUUGGAUACCGCCUUGAUUUGGACCCACGUAACUAUUAUUUACUUCCUUCCGUGCUGCAUCUUCCUGGUACUGAACUCUUUGAUCAUCUUGAGGCUCCGGAAGAGACAGCGGCAGCAGAUGUGCCAAGACGAGAGCGGGCAGCAGCUGGCAGUGCCAAGCAAGCUGGGUAAAACCACAGUUAUGCUCCUAGCAGUGACUUCUGUGUUUGCUGUCCUGUGGGCGCCUCGUACCGGAGUGGUGCUCUACCAUCUCUACGUGUCAUCGGUGCACAACGAUUGGCGGGUACAUCUAGCAUACGACUUAGCCAAUAUGUUAGCCAUGCUAAACACUGCUGUGAAUUUCUUUCUGUACUGUUUUGUCAGCAAACCCUUUAGAGGGGCGGUGAGGGACGUCCUGUUGUUCCGGGGGCCGCUUUUGCACCCACGCCGCCCCCUACAUCACCAGCGCACUGCUGUCAAUGCCUCCACCUCUUCUAUUUCCAGCUCCAAACGUUCCCAACGAGAGGUCACCCCUCUCUCUGCCAAAAGGGCAGACAUCAAGAUAUAGUCCUGCUUAAAGGGAAUGUUCACUUAAAAAUGAAAAUUCUGUUAUCAUUUAAUCACCCUCAUGUUGUUUUAAACCUGUAUGGCUUUUCUUAUUGUCCAUACAGUGAAAGUCAAUAGCGUACAAUGUGGUUUUGGAUGCCAUUAAAUAUCAUUAUUUUAACACUUCUUUGGAGUAGCUUCUUUGGUGUUCUGAAGAAGAAAGAAUACAGCUUUGGAGUGAAAGUUUAAGUCAGUAAAUGGUGACAGAAUUUUCAAUUUUGGGCGAACUAUCCUUUUAAGCCCCAACAAAAGCAUGGUGUUGUUUUCAAAUUAGUGGCUUUUAUGGAUUUAAAAAGUUAAAGGUGCGGUCACAUUAGCGAAAUGUCACAUGCAAAAAAAGUGCAUUGUUUAUUGUCAAUAGUGUAGCAACGUGUGAAGCACAGCUCACACAGAAUUCACUUUCAAACAAGCAGCUUUCUGUUUGUCCAAGUGACCAACUCGAAUUUUGUGCAAGUUCCACGUGGAACUUUUUCGUCGUCUUGCAAAACUCCUAAUGGCAUAGAUUCCUAUUGCAUUGACUGGAUUUCGGCCGUGAAAUUUCAUCAAGCAACAGACCACAGUGUAAUUGUGCAUGAUUUGGCGUCCCCAACAGAAUAGAAAAAACACUGACUUGUUUCCCACAUAAUAAAAUAUCCUCAUAAUGAUCAGUCCAGAUUAGUGACCUGAGAGAUCACCGUUUACGGUGCCAAUGAUAUUAACUUUGUUUUGCUGAUAAGACAAGGAAGCUUUGCAGGACAUCAUGGAUAUCAAGACAUAACCAUUCCAGAAAAGAUUGUAUUUUGUUCUGCAGCGCUUACUUGUCUUUUGCACUGAUCUGCAUAUCUGUGUUAUUUAUUGUCCUGUCCUCUGCGGGGAUAAGAAAACAUACUACAGUAUUUAUGAAACAAAGAUAUUUGGCUCAUCAAAUGAGUACUACUAUGUCUUGUCAUUUUCCAUAAAUGGCUAUCCUUUUAAGGAAUAGGUUGAAAUAUGAAUAUUCCGUCAUCAUUUAUACACCUUUGUGCCAGUCCAAACCUGUAAGACUUACUUUCUUCUUUGAAACACAGGUUGGUGGAACACGCUUUUCUAUAUAAGGAAAGUAAAUGGUGAUGUAAACUAUCAAGCACCACAGUGACAAAAAAACAGCAUAAAUGUAUUGUAAAACUGCUGCAUAUUGUAAAAGAUUAUCAAGGUGUUUUAAAGCCAUUAGAUAGUUUUGUGUUAGAAAAGGCUGAAAUUCAGUCAUUAUAUGAAAAUGUUUCUUUAAAUUUGCAUUCAUUCAAAUAUGACACUGGCAUAUAUUACAUAAGUUUUGACAUCUAUGAUGAUGGUCGUGUCACAUUGACAUCAAAAACAGGACGAGUGGUCCAGACAGUUCAAAAAUUCGCUUUUUUACCUUUGGUAGGUAACAUAAGGAUGAGUAAAUGAUGACAGAUUUUUUUUGUUUGUUUUUUUUUUGUUUGUUUUUUUUGAGUGAACUAUUCCAUUUAAUUGUUGUAUUUUGAUAUUGUAAGAAUGAGUCAUGUAUUUAGUGUUUUUAUAAAUGUUGCUCAUAUUGUAGAUGAAUGAAGUUAUUUAAACACAUACAAUAGUGUUUCAUUAACAGACUUGUCUCAUUAAUUUAUGAUCUAUCAUUCCAUACUACAGAAUAUUUUUAUUGGUAGAUUUGAAGCCAUCUGAAAUCUACUCAAGACAUCUUAAUGCACUAAACACCACACAAUUUUCCAUUUGAAUGUAAUUAGUAUAUAUAUUUUUUUUUUGGAUCAAACUUAAGACAUGGUUCCAUAAAGUUCAUAAUGUUCUGAUCAAGACCUUUCUUGCAGUUGCAUGACUAAAUUAAACCCUUUCAGAGCCCAUCCAGUGAGGCAGAGCAAGAUGGUUGACCUUUUUAACCCCAGUGUGCAAACUGCAGAAGCUAGCUUAGCUGUUUAUUUUCAGUGCAUGGCGACUGGAUGAGGCUUUAAAAGGGGCUUCGACGUGGGAACACAACGAGUGAAGACACCACUGUACAAACAGACCCAUCUGAGGAGCUCAGGCUCUGCUGAACAAAGCCAGCCUUGAGUUUCUGUGCACCCAUGCAGCAACAGCUAAAAUUUCCAUUUGCUAGAAUUCAACAAAUAGAGAAGGCCGUAGCGCCAAACACUAGUCCGAAAGUCCAGUAGAUCAGUAAUACACGGUGCGUAGAUCCAAAAAAUAUGAAGAUUAAUAGACCAAAAAAUCCGCACUCAUCCAAAUAGCCCAAAAAGGCUUAUCAUUUAUUAUUCAGAGGUCAUGAAAAGUGUUUUCAUGUGUUUUCAAAUACAUGGUAUUUUUGCACUUUUCAUCAAAAAACUUUUCAUCACCAGGAUCACCAUAGAUGUGCUGGGGUCAGUUAUAUUACUCUGUAAUUUGUUAUCUGAUCAGAUAUCGUGCAGUACUUGAACCAGCAUGAAGCUACUUAAGGAGAGCAGAUUGAGAUCUUUAGGUUCAGCUCAAUCUAAAUGCAGUAAAAAUAUGGUACAACGACCAAAGUUUUGAUGUUUUCACGUACACACUUGCCAGCUGUAUAUAAAAAGUAUUUUUUACCUUAAAAGCAUGUGCGUCGAUUUUCCUGUUGAGUUUAAUCUGAAUAAAUCUGAUGGAAGAGAGACUGCAAGAAUCAAUUAUAUCACUCCUUGAUUGUACAAAUGAUAAUUAAAUGUGUUUAGAAGACCUUUUUAUGACUAAUGAUUGAAUGAAGCACACGUUUGACUAAAAGGUACAUUGAAAGCUUUGAUUUAAUUAUUCUGGUGAAUUAGAGAAAAACAUUUUUAACCUUUCGGUCUGAAAAAAGAAAAAACACUAACUCACUUAUUAUCUGGAGCUUUGGUUAUGAACUCUUCACUUGUCCUUUUAGUUCACUUGUGUUUCUCAGCACCCAGUGCUGCAUCCUGUGUCUCUUUCCUUUUUUCUUUCUUGAUCUCUCUCUCCCUUCUCAAUCAUGAGAGGGAGCCUCUGGCCCUGCAGAUGUUAUCAGAUGUUGUCUCUUUGAAAAAAGUCCCCCGCUGCAUCACAAACACAGAUGCCUGAGAAGAAAGCACAUCUAUCGUUAAAGCCUUAAUACGAGCAGACGGCUGACAGCACAAGAAAGAGUCUGAAUAUUUAAGACAAUAAAUAACCUGCUCUGUUUGAGGUCAGCUUUAGAUUUGCUUAGCCUUGUGCUGCAACUGCAGAAGAUUGUUUUGUCCUCGCUAUGCAUGCAUUUUGCCACUUUACCUACAUUACAUCUGUUAAGGUUAACAUGAAAUGACAUUCAUAACCCUGUACACUGAAAAAAAAUUGUUGGAGGAUUUACUUACUAUUUUCUCUCAGAAAUUGUUAGUGAAUUUCACUGAUAAUUACAAAGAAAUUGCAAAUAAUACACUGAAUAAAACGUGAAAUUUAGAAGUGGAAAGACUGAAAGAGUAUUUUCUUGUUGAACAUACUCCAAUAUUUUUUAAUAAGUCAAUAAACUUUGAAAACUACUUUGGGAAUUGAUUAGAUUAUGAAAUAUAGGAGUUUUACGCCAGAGUUUGCUGUCAGUUUCAAGAGGUUAAAAUUUGGCUGGUUAGUGUGGAUCUAAAAGUAGCAAUGUUUUCUAACUAAACUGGCUCAAAAAUGUCAAGGAUGACAGAUGGUGUUCUUACUCAAAUCAUUAUUUGACUUUUGAUUAAUGUGCACUAAAUCAUGCACAAUAAGACCAAGAAUGUAUUAAUAAAAUAAAUGGGGUUGAAACUAGUGAUUACAUGUUGACUUCAACGGUUUUAAAUGACCUACGGCAGAUAAAUUAAUUAAAUUAAAACCAAUGGUGAUGUUUGGCAGAUUAGAACUGCCUACCUGUUUCAUCAAUUAUGUCAUGUGAUAUACUGUAUUUUGCCAUGAAGUGACAUUUCAUUUGUGAAAUAUGACUUAAACUUGCUCACUAAACAUCUUUCUGUGUGAUGUGGUGUAAGAGGAUAACUGCAGAACAGAAAUCCCCACAAAAUGGCAUGUGGCACUUGCAUGAUACUUCCUCUUAAAGGUUGCAUUGUUGUUUAUAGUUUACAUUGUGACACAAGCUUUCCUUCGGUUGUGUUACUGAAUAUGUGCACUGAUAACUGAUCAAUUGUUUUUGAAUUUUGAUCAUACUGAUCGGAAAUGAAAUGUCUAUGAGGAUUUAUUUAUGUGUCUGGGGUCCUUAAAAA